AUGACAUCGAACGAUCCGGGACAUAUAAAUAAUCUUGGCAGAGCACAAACAAAUGCACUUAAACAAUCAUGGAUAGCCUUGAUCGAGGAUAUAGGCAAGGAAACGUCGUUAUCAGGGGAGCAUAUUGCUGAUUCUGUCUUUGGAGAUGAAUUAUUUCGUGCAAUCUGUUAUGAUAAUCCAGAUGUUCUGAUACUUCGAUGGCUUCGUUCUCGUAAAUGGGAUGUUGAUGCUUCCGUUAAUCAAAUAAUAGAGACACUAAAAUGGCGACAUGACUGGGGUGUUCAGAAACUCGUAGCUAAUGGAGAAAAAGCUAUUUCUCAAGAAGAAAUUGCAACAGGCAAAACUUAUUUCAUGGGUCAUGAUAGGAUAGGUCGACCGGUCUGUUGCAUACAUCCGAAAGAGCAUGUCAAAGGCCAGUUUUCUAACGAAUAUAGCGAGAAAUUGAGUGUUUUCUGUGUAGAAACCUAUCGCAAGUUGUUGCAACCACCGAUUGAAUCUGUCACGAUCAUAUUUGACAUGGCUGGUUGCGAGAGAAAAAAUAUGGAUAUGCAUCAAAUUAAAUUUCUCGUUACUCUACUAGAUAAUUACUAUCCAGAUUCACUUGGUAUGAUACUUGUUCUUAAUUUUCCUUGGAUAUUCGGCAAAAGUUGGCUCCUGAUUAAAUCUUGGUUAAACCCAACUGUACAAAAGAAAGUACGGUUUAUUCAUAGUGAAACUGAAUUAACCGAAUUUAUUGAUCCAUCAGUUCUUCCGAAAAGAUUGUAUGGUACCCAACCAGAUUUUAAAUAUAUUCCACCAUCUGCCGAAGAUGAAGCUAUGUUUAAUAUUUUUCGAGCCGAUACGAAAGGAAAAGCAAUAGCUGAAGCAGCACACCGUGAUGCUGUUCGAUACUAUUUGAGAGUUACUUUGCAAUGGGCCAAUGGCAAUGAAAGCCGCAAUGUACUUGUAGAAAGAAAAAAAGCGCGAAAACAACUCAAAAAUGCAUUUGAACAACUUUCCCCGUAUAUAAGCACGCGUACUCAUUAUCAUCGCGCUGGAGUAAUUAAAGAGCCUAUUUUUCAAACUGCAUAUGAGAGACUCCUUCAUGAAAAAGAAGAUUCAAGUGUAACAUUUUUUUAA